AAAAAUUUAAAUCUACUUAAGAUGGGAAAUGUUCAAUCAGGCAACAAUGGGAAGCCUUCAAAACAAGAAGAUCAAGAAAAAAAAAAAGAGUCUAAAUAUGAACCACCCAUAAUGUCCACACGGGUAGGAAGGAGAUAUAAUAGAAAUAAGGGUCCUGAUGCAUCAUAUAAAUUCCCAAUGGUUUAUCCUACAACAAGGUGUCGUUUAAAGCUUUUAAAAAUGGAGAGAAUCAAAGACUAUUUGUUAUUAGAACAGGAAUUUGUGUCUAAUCAAGAGUUAAUGAAACUUGAUUCAGAAAAAAAGGAUCAAAAAGAAGAAGAAGAAGAUGAUGAUAAACUUCAAAGCUUAAUUGGAAGUCCUAUGGGAGUAGGAACUCUAGAGGAGAUGAUUGAUGAUGAUCAUGCAAUUGUAUCAUCUGCUACUGGACCGGAAUAUUAUGUUUCUAUUAUGUCUUUUGUAAAUAAAGAUUUACUUGAGCCUGGAUGUUCAGUAUUAUUACAUCAUAAGGCAGUAUCGAUUGUUGGGGUGUUAAGUGAUGAUAUUGAUCCGAUGGUAUCAGUGAUGAAGUUGGACAAAGCACCAACAGAAUCAUAUGCGGAUAUUGGGGGGCUUGAAUCACAAAUUCAAGAGAUUAAAGAAACGGUAGAAUUACCGUUAACACAUCCCGAAUUAUAUGAAGAAAUUGGAAUCCGGCCUCCUAAGGGAGUUAUUUUAUACGGUGAACCAGGUACAGGAAAGACAUUGUUAGCGAAGGCGGUGGCAAAUCAGACGAGUGCAACCUUUUUACGUAUUGUUGGAUCAGAGUUAAUUCAAAAAUAUCUGGGAGAUGGGCCAAAAUUUGUCCGAGAGCUCUUUCAAACAGCACAUGACAAUUCACCAUCUAUUGUGUUUAUUGAUGAAAUUGAUGCCAUUGGGACAAAAAGGUAUGAUUCAACAUCAUCAGGAGAACGAGAAAUCCAACGGACGAUGCUUGAACUUCUAAAUCAAUUAGAUGGAUUUGACGAUCGUGGUGACGUAAAGGUAAUUAUGGCAACGAAUCGAAUCAAUGAUUUGGAUCCAGCAUUAAUACGACCUGGAAGAAUGGAUAGAAAAAUUCUAUUUGAAACACCAGAUCAAAAUACGAAACGCAAAAUCUUUCAGAUUCAUACGAGUAAAAUGAAUCUAGGGGAUGAUGUAUUAAUUGAGGAAUUCAUAACAGCUAAAGAUGAAAUGAGUGGUGCAGAUGUGAAGGCAAUUUGCACGGAGGCGGGUCUACUUGCUCUUAGAGAACGUAGAAUGCGUGUAAUCGCAGAUGACUUUAGAAAAGCUAAAGAACAUGUAUUAAAAACGAAACAAAAGAAUAUACAAGGUGAGCUUUAUUUAUAA